AUGUCAGACUCUCAUGAUCCAGCAGAUACUGUCAAAGAACUUCCUCUUCGCCCAGCUGCAUCGAAAAUUAUCGACGAUACUCAGCAGACGGACCCGUUACCAGAAACCUCAGAAGAUAAACCAGACUCGACCCCCAACAGUCCUAAAUCUCAGUCACUCGAGGAGUUACCCAUUGAAAUUGACCAGGCUAAGAAGAAAAAGAAGAAGAGCAAGGCGCGCCCCAAGAGUAAGCGUGGAAAGAACAAGCCUACCGGUUUCGAAGAGUAUUAUGUCGACGCACCCAUUACCCCCGAGGAAUUUAGCGCUGAAAAGGAGCUCUACAAUGUCUCGCGACCUCUCACCCACCGAAUUGAGGACGCUCUCUUACGCUACCAAAAGAAUCGUCGUCUGGAGUCAGACAGACGAGAUGUUUUCCUGAAAUAUCUGGCAUAUGGAGGGGUGAACGUCGGUCAGAGGAUGUUCGGGGGCUUGGAUGGCCGUGACCUCCAGCAACUGGACAGCGAACAGAUCCUACAAGCGCGAGCAAUGACCAGCGUAGGCAAGGACAAAUCUAACCUUGCUGUUGAUUUUGAUGCAGUGGUUCGCGGCUUUCUGACUUCCUUCUUUCCAUACUAUUUUAACCCCGACACCAAAGAUAUGAUUAAGCUAGCGACAGUCACCAUUCGGAACUUUCUAUCCUACCUCCUCUAUCAUGAUGUAUGCUCGGAGUACAACGAUAACAUCGACCAGGCCAGGACGUCGUGCGAUAUAGCUACAAGGGAGCUGUGGAACAACCAGCAACUCAUGGCCAAAGGCCCUGGUGACUUCAACUCGUGCUGUUCCUUGCUUUUCGGUGGAGAGCUGCAUGACACAUAUACGGAGGGCAAUCAGUGGAGAAACUCCAAGGAUGAUGCGCCUCGCCUGACCACUGAGAUAGCCCGCAAAAUCGUCAAGUUUGCCCUGGCCGGUGCGGGCGAGAAUCGCCAUGCCCUCCGCUUCCAGGAACUGACCGAGAAUAAAACGCUGUGCGCAGUGCGUAUCGAGGAUAUUGAUGGGUUUGAGAUUACCGCUGUUCACCCUCCGGGCGAAGUCGUCCGCGAGUUCUACCAGACGCACGCCCCGGAUCUUGUCCCCGUCGGAAAGCUGCUAGCAAGGACUUACCGAGAUCCAGGUAUGCCUGAUUAUGAUCGCAGCCCGGAGGAGCGAGUGGCACAGCCAGAAAGGAACUUUGAACUCUUCAUGGAGGGCAAUCUACUUCAGUACUGCUACCCGGGAAUGAAAGUAAUCGCUCCGGUAUGGGAGCUGAAUUGUGGAUUCCAUUAUUUCGAGUAUGCGUAUAGGACGUAUGGCUCCAAUUACACCCCUCUCGUGAAUGACUUGAUGCUAGGAUGGAAGGAGCCGAGGGAUCUAGCCAAAGCAGAGAGCAAAGCAGAGAGCGAUGGGGAGGAUGACUCGUCUGUUACUCUGUGA